AUGGGCUUGACCCACUACAGUCAAAACAGCGAAAAAGUCAACGAAUCAGACGUUCACGGUGUUGCAGAGGAACAUGAGGGACGACGCGGACGCAUCCCCGCCGCCACCGCCGCCGCCGCCGCCGCUUCCGAGCCUGCCGCUUCGCUCGUAGUAGUCGACGCAGAACAAGGAGAGCGAGAGCUGGACCUCGUCCCGAGUCCAUACUCGCCUGACCAGGUCCGAGUCGCUGAGUCGACUCAGGACGGGGCGGACGCAGACCCUGUAGAGGCGCUUGUAGCCGCCGAGGGCGACGACGACGGGGCGGACGGAGGAGGGGGGAGGGGAGGACACGUGGCGGAAGCAGAGGUGUUCCCAGAGGGAGUCGUUGCGGGCGAGGGUGGACCAGAGGCGGCAGACGCAGGCGGCGACGCCGAGGGAAGGCCCGUCGAGGCGUUUGAGGAUCUCGACGAGGAUGUCAAUGUGGUCGUUGAUGAAGAACUUGGGCCUUUUCUCUUUGUCUUCUGA